ACCACUGUUGUCAACGCCCGCGCACACCACUGUUGUCAACGCCCGCUAGCCGCACACCACUGGUGUCUUUGUCGUCACGCCACCAUGAUCCUACCCGCUCUAGUGUCUCUGGCCAUGAUAGCCCUGGUGAGCAGCAAGGUGUACGAGAGGUGCGAGUUAGUGAGGGAGUUAUCUCAACCCAAACACCGUAUACCACCGGGAGACCUCGCCACCUGGGUGUGCAUCGCCGAGCACGAGUCUCGCUACAACACUUCCGCCGUGGGUCGCCUCAACGCUGACAUGAGUGGCGACCACGGGCUGUUCCAGAUCAGCGACCGCUACUGGUGCUCGCCCCCGGGCUCGGGAUUGGCCUGCGGACUCAACUGCGAUCAGCUGGAGGACGAUGACAUCGCUGACGACGUAGUGUGCGCUCGCAGGAUCUACCGGGCUCACAAGCGCCGCACAGGGGACGGGUUCGCCGCCUGGGCUGUUUACAAGCCGCACUGCAGUGGGGAUGUGUCUGAGUAUACAGAGUGCGACGACGAGAUUACCACUGAUGAAGCUGACACUCAAAGUAAAUAGGUAGCUCUUAGUUAACAUGCUGUUAAAAUUACAUCAAUCCACUGAGAGAUAACUUUUUUAAAUAAACCAUUUAU